AUGGAAGAAAGAAAUAGAAUGUUGGAAACACUCAUAGAGGAGUACAUUUCUCCUGAACAAGUAAUGUUUCGCUAUGGCAGAGAGAAGAAGGUGGAACUGAUGUACGAAAAAAACAAGGGAAAGGAAGAAAACAGAAUUCGGAGAGAAAUAGUGAAGAAGUUGGUUUGUUUCGUUCAGUCUGAGGGAGGAAACGCAGAAAAUAGUGAGAAAUCACAAACGAGUGAGAAAUCACAAACGAGUGAGAAAUCACAAAUGAGUGAGAAAUCACAAAUGAGUGAGAAAUCACAAAUGAGUGAGAUAUCACAAACGAGUGAGAAAUCACAAACAAGUGAGAAACCACAAACAAGUGAGAAAUCACAAAAGAGGGUGAAAUCUGCAAGGAGAGGGAAGUCUGGGGAAACAUCUAGGAACAAACAUGAGGGAAUAGUACAAAUAAUAAGAAUUCUAAAGAAGUAUCUAUUUUGCAACGAAAAUAUGAAAAGAGGAUCAGCAGUAGAUCUAAUCGCAAAUAUGUUUGAAGAAAUAAAUAUGGUAGAACUAGAUAAUGAAUACUUCAGAUGUGUCAUACAUUUUUUUAUUACAAAAAUUGAAGAUUGGCACUGUGUCAGUGGUGUAACAAGAUUUAUGUUAAUUAUGUUCGACAGAUAUCGAGACUUAUUAAGAGAAAUGAAAUAUUCUUCUGAUGAGACAAAAAUGUAUAAGAAAUUAUUUGUUUGGAAUACAUCGAAAGGAAAGAAACACAGAAGAGGAUUCUACACCUCUCACGAAGAUGUAAUUGGUGCAAGUGAACAAGGCAACAAUAAAAAUGAAUUAAUAGGAUCAAAUGAAGAUGAAGAAUCCGUGAAUGAACAUAUUGAAGGGUACCACUAUAACCAAAUGGAUAGUAGCGAUGACGGAAGUGAGUAUGAUGGAUAUGAUAAUUUUAAAAGAGAAGAAAAAUAUUAUUAUAAAAACUUCUCUAAGGAUGAAGCAUAUGAUUAUAAUGAUGCUGAUGAAGAUGAUGCAGAUGAGUCUGAGGAAGAAAUAGAGAAAGAAAAAAAUGCAUGCAUUGUGUAUAAAAUAAUGAAGAACUUAUUUAAACAUGUACACGCGCCAAGUUAUUUGCAAAACAUAAGACUAAAUUGCUACCGAAUUAUUUUGAUCUGUUUGAGAGAGUUCAAAAAUGAGAUGGUAGCUAUUCCCAAUUUUAUAGAUAAGAUUCAGGUGCAGCUGGAAAAUGAAUCAGACCCCAGAAAUAUUUUGGUUCUCUUCGACAUCAUACACAUGAUUUGCAGCGGGUACAUAACGCAUGAGGGGGAGAAGGUGGAGAAGCUGGAAAAGAAUGCUAGAUCAGACUCUGAAACGCAAUCUAGAACUACUCCAGUGGAAGCCAAUUUUCCUGAAGGAAAUUCAGAUGAAAGGGUGAACGAGAAGCAGCACAGAUCCCUGUUUACACAUGAUAGAGAAAUGGAGUAUCUAAAAUCAGUUAUCGACAUUGCAUUUUACUACUUCCCUAUAGAAUUCAUCAAUAGUGAAUGUAGGUAUGAUGGAAUAACUGAAGAAAGUCUACAGCUAGCUUUUUACAAAUGUCUGAAGUCAAAUAAAAGGUUAGGUAAUUAUGUGAUAACAAAUAUUUUAGACGAACUUUACAACGCCCAAGAUGAUGAAGUAAAUGAACAUAAUUUGAAAAAUAUAAAAAAUACAUUAGAAGUAUGUGUUCCAUAUUAUGGUAGUAUCUGUUGUUCAGAUUUUAUCCCAACUAUUAUUGGACUCACUGAAUUGGAGUGCAUUGAAAAUGAUAUAUCUGACAAAAUGGUGAACUAUUUUGUUGAAAUUCUUUUAAUUUUUUUCCAAAAUUUAAAUAAAGAAGAGGAUGAAAAGUUGAAACAUUCCCUAUUUAGCAUGCACCUCUCGGGCAUGUUCAGAAAAUUUCAAAAGCAUCUUAUUCUGCACAAACGCUUGUGUGAUUCGUCACUGCUGUUGGAUGAUUCUGAUGUGCCAGCAUCAACCAGUGAUAGCUGUUUUCAGCAGCUUCCUCAGUCAAGCGAUGUAACCAAGAGGGAAGAUAAAAGCAGGUUGUCUCAGUUGAGAAACGUGGGAGAAGUGGGAGAAGCUGGAGAAGUGGGCGAAGUGGGAAAAGUGGGAAAAGUGAGAGAAGUGGGAGAAGCGGGAGAAGCGACAGACGUGGGAGAAGCGGGAGAAGCGACAGACGUGGGAGAAGUGAGGGAAGAGAUGUUGGACAAAGGAACAAGAAAGUCGAUCAAGAUGGGUGGUUCCAAUUUGAGACAACUGUUCAACUUGGAGGGCAUCGAAAAUUUGUCUGAACCCCCACUGUCGCAAAGUGCAUCACAGGGUGAAGUGAAUGAAACGGAUGAAAGUGUAAGAAGUGAUGGAAGCAAUCGACAGGAUCAAAGUGAACGUGGGAGUGAACUUGGGAGUGAAAGUGAUAGAAACAUUCUGACCAUUAUAAGGGAAAAGAAGCACAUUGAAAAAAUGAAGGAAAAGAAAGAGAGGAAAAAAAAACAUAACAAAAUAAAACUAAGCAAAUUUCCAGUUAUUGAAAAAAUACUUAUAUGCAUAUCGAAAGGAAGCACGCAUAUGUUCUUGUAUAUAAUCGAAACUAUAAUUAAGCCAAUGCUUAGUGAGUGUUACUAUUUUGUAAAUUCAUUGACGAGAGAAACGGGAAAAUGGAGUGAGGAUAUGAUCCCUCAGGGAAAUGCCAACGAACCAGAUGAAAACCAAGAAGGUGAUACACAACAUGUACGAGAUGAGAAGGUUAAAAGAAAAUGGAAUAUUGUAACAACCUACAUAAGAUUUAUAAACAAUGUAUUGAAUAAAAGUGCAAACGUUGAUGAAAUAGUACAGAGAGGAAUUAAUUUUUUGAAAGAAAUUUACAUAAUCGAAAGGAUAAUGAUGAUGAAAGGACGGGAGGAAUUUUUUUACACCUACCACGAAUCAGGUUUACACCUUUUUAACAUUCUGGCUAAUUUUUUAUGUAUGCAUGUGGAUGUUUCUGCAGGGGAUAGAGGCACUCAAAUGGACACUCAGAACGACACUCAGAACGACACUCAGAACGGCACUCAGAACGACACUCAGAACGGCACUCAGAACGGCACUCAGAAGGACACUCAUAACGACACUCAGAACGACACUCAUAACAACACGCAGGACUGUCGAACAAACCGAAGCAGCUUGUUCCAUGAAACAAUAAUUUUAUUUUUCUACAUGAUAGGAUUGCACCCUGGGAAAAACAUAAAGCUUCGUAUGUUAAGCGGAGGUGGACCCAACAGUGUUAUAAAAUUAGAAGAGAAUAACUUAAUUUUUGUGGAUGCAUGGAGAAAGAGCAUCCUCGAGAAUCAAGAUAAAUUUUUAAGAGAUCUAAAAGUGAACAAUGAAAAUGUUAUGCGUGAAAGUAAGGAAUAUAAAGAGAACGACACUUUUUUUUUUCUUGGGUUAGUAAAUAAAAUCAUAAAAUACAAAUAUGAACAUGUUCAGAAUUAUUUAAACAUUCUUUUAAUUAAUAUGUGCUUCUUAGUCUUGAAACUAUAUUUUUGUCCGAGUAAAGAUUUUCAUCUGUAUGUAUCGUUAUUAACUAAUAUUUAUCGAAUGCAUUUACCUUACCUUGUCUUUAUAUCAACCAAUGUGGCAUCAUUUGUUUUGAAACAUUUUUAUUACAAUAACGUUGAAAAGUUCAAAGAUAAUUUUCUCUCACUGGAGAAGGAGGAGGUAGAUAUAACAUGCGCAAUGUAUGAGAAGAUUGGAAAUAUCUAUAACCAUGAAAGAAAAAGAUUAGACAAAUAUCCAGCGUUAUCACAACAGUGCACGCAUCCUCACUUAGGUAAGUCAAACACUGGUACCACCAUCUGUGAACUUCUGAGCUUUGUUGAAGAAACAAACCCGAUAAGAGGAAAUUCAAAUGAGGAGGAGAUUCUAAAAUGGAGGCACACUCAGGUAGAAAGUUUUUUUUACCAUUACAUGGAUGAGAAUCUGACAAAGAGGUUGUAUGUAACGGAAUGUGAUUCAAUACGCGAUGAUAAGAAGGCAGAAGGAAGAAGCAAAGACGAGGAAAAAGAGCAAGAGGUCAAACGUCAGGGGAAAAAUAAAACGUGUGAAUUUGACAUUAGUGCACAGACAAAUAGAGAAGAUAUCAUAUCGUUUUACCUCUCCUUUAUCGUAAGUAUGGCCUACGUACAUAUUUACCACGCAUGUGAGAGGACAAUGCUGAACUUGGGAAAUGAACCAAAUUUAGCACAACAAAAUGCUCGUCGUGAACGAGACCCAUCAGGGUUAUACUUCUUGAAGAAGCAGAAUGAAACAAGGAGUGCACUAUACGAACCAUACAUACUAGUAAACAACAUGGAAGUGUUGGAAUUGUGCAUAAAUUAUAUCUAUGAAGAAGCAAUCAUGAAAAAUUUUCUCGCAUGUGAAGUUGAUUCCUUUCCGAAUUCGAUGGUUGGAGGGGAAACGAUAAAUGUAAUUAUAAAAAUAGACAACUUAAAAUGCAUAAAAAUAAUAAACAGUAAUGAAGAGUUAGGCUAUUAUGGUAGCUAUUUGAAUAGACUCGGUGGGUUCAUUAAGAUGAAUGAAAUAAAAAAAUUACGCAGAAGUGGGCAGUGUACCGAAAGGUUAGAAGCAGAUCCAAAUGGCCAUUUGGCAAGCAAUUUGGAGAGAAAUUUGGCCAGCAAUUUGGAAAGCAAUUUGGAGAGCAAUUUGAAGACAUAUCUUAUCAGUAGAAACAUAUUCACAAAUGUGGAGAUAUUCGAAAUAGACAGAUUGAUACACAUUUUAAAAACAUUCAUAAGAGUUCAUGUUAUUUAUGAAAGUAUUGAGCAAAAAGCAUGUCAAAAUAGAGAGAAGGAAAAAUGGAUCAAAUUUGAGUAUCUACAUAAGAAAUUGAAAAAGAACAUAAAUCAUAUUUUUAUUUCCAUGAAUAAAAUAAAAAAAAAGAAUUUUCUUGAAAGGAUGAUUGAUUGCUGUUUAUGUAGUAACCUUCCAUGUGUGCAUUUACCUGAUAAGAAUGAAACAUUUUAUAACAUCACUGAAGAGAGUUCUCAAUCUGUCUACCCAAAUAGCUCAAUGUUUGUGUCACAUAGAAUGAACAUUCUUCUCUUGUUAUUCAUGCCUUCCCUUAUGUCUAUUCACUUACAAAUAGGGAUCGAACAUGUUCAUAAACUGCUAAAAUUGUGCAUGUAUAUAUAUAUAUAUAUUUUUAACUUGCAUCUCUUGAGGAAUGUUCCAAAAGAUGAAAUUUGUUUAAAUGGCAUCAUUUGCACUUGUGAGGAGGACCCUAGCACAUCCAUAUGGAGGAACGAAGACGGUACUUUUAUGAGUGGCGAAAGUAUCUACACGUCAUAUAAAUCCGUUUUUAAGUUUUUAAAUGAAAAAAGUAAAGUAUACUUGAAAAAUAAUGGUGAUACAUUUGAACAUGGGGAAGUAGUAAUACAAGAUUGCUUUAGUCAUGUGAAUGCCAUGACUUUGAAAAAUGUUUUUAAAUGUAUUCUUCAGAUAAUUGCAAUUAUAACUCACAAUUGGGAUGGCAUACAAGAAAUGGUAAAUUUCAUUUUUACUCCAUUCGAUUUGGUUAGUCAAGUUAGAAUAACAGUAAGCAGUGCCUUAUUGUUUAAGAUUAUUAUGAAACUCUUUACUGUGGUGUAUGAAGCAUUUAUACGCAGGAAGGAGAAAUGGUCUCGUGGAGAGAAAUGUAAAUUUGAAAGUAGUGAAAUAAAUAUGUUUUCAUUAUCCAACCUUGUCAGGACCUUUAUUGAAAUCCCUUUUGGUAAUGAAGCAAAUAAAUUUUUUUUUUUCCUGGAUUAUAUAUAUUUUUGUGAAGACGACCCGGAGUUUUCUCCAAUUAUGCACGGGAGCAACAGAAAUGUAAUUCACUCGAAGGGUGAGCGAAGCAAGAGUCGAAUGGACGUACUGAUACUGGAUAAAAGGUACUUGAAAGGAAGGCCCUGGGGAAAGCACAUGGAGCCUUGUACAGCGGAUUAUACAGCGGAUUGUACAGCAGAUUGUGCAUCAGAUUAUGCAGCAGAUUAUAUCUCAAGGGAGACAAAGAGGGUGGCAUUUUUCCCUGACACCGAAGGUAUAAUAAAUUUGGUAAACCCGAAAAGUAUAAUAUGUAUAGAUAGGAAAUAUAUGCUUGAAGGUGUGAAAAAGGACGACAAUGGAGAUGAGUGUGAUUCUUUUCUUUAUUGCUAUUUUUUUCAUUUCUUGCUUCAGUGUUUCUCAAUUAACUAUGAUUUAACUUUUGAAAUGUUGAAGAAUGCAAGUAAUGAAGUAGUAGAGGAAAAUUUGGAGUUUGUAUUUGACUCUAUAAAGGACCCAUCAAAUGAAGAGAUGUUUAGGAACGUUCUAAUUGAUUACUAUUAUAUGUAUAUGUCUAAGAUAUAUAGCUACAUAUAUUCAGUUAUACACAACAUAGAUACCAAGUUCUUUUUCGAUAAAGAGAAUCAUAAUAAUAUUACUUUUGAAUCAGGUACAGAAUUUCUAAUUUCAUGUAAAAACAUUUUGAUGAAUUUUCUUUAUACAAUGUGGAACUAUGUGUACUUUAUCGACGUGGCUAAUAAGUUCAUUUCGAUGUCAGAGUUUGUUUUGCUUAUGAAAAGAGAGAAGUUUAUCUCCCAGUAUUCACUACCCUUUGACAUUAUAAGAAAAAAUAAAAAGACGUUACAGUUUUUGGACAAGUGUUUACAUAAUCCUUUGUGCACAUAUGGGAAUGACAGAGAAGGCAGUAUGAAUUCUUCCUCAUCCUCUUCUUCUGUCAAAGCAGGAGAAAAAUAUCUCCCCUCAAUAACUAAUGAAGAGACUAACCAUAAUGUGGAAAAGGACAAAAAAGACAUAUGCAAAGGAGAAAUAAAUUCUAAUUGUGUUAUGUUAGAAAAAAUCGUGAACAUGGAUGAAAAUUUUCAAAAGGAAGUAAAAAAUGCAGACAUGCAAAGAGAUGAUUAUUUGGAAAAUAAAAAUGAAAGGGAAAAUGAGAUACUAGAUUGCAUUAAUUUUCUCUCAUUUUUAAAAAAACGAAAGGAAAAAGUUACUAAUAAAUACAACUGCAGAUAUUUGUGGUUAAUCCAUCUGAUGUCUAUUAUUCUGCUAAGCAUGCCAAUUAGGGAUAUCUUAAAUGAACAUUAUAAAGUUAUGGAAAUAUGUAUACUCAAGGGGCUUAAUAAAGUUUCGAAUUUUUUCAUAAGCAAAUAUGAAUAUAAACAUAACAACAAGAAGUAUAUCAACAAUUUGUUGAAAAAUAACACGAUGAAAGUUCAGUGUAUUUUUUCAGAUAAUGAGAAAUUCCCAAAUGAUCAAGUGAAAGAUUGGAAACUUAGGGAUAAAAAAAUCGUGGUGAGAGAAGUUAUAUCGCUUCGUUUGCUGUUAUGUUUACGUCUUCUAUACCUCAUAAUUAAUCUUUUGAAUUUUGUCGUAGAACAUGAUGGGGAAUUUUCUUAUGGGAUCAUAGCAAAUAAACACAUGGAACCUUAUACCACGUUGAAAGCAGAUCCUUCUAAUUUUUCCAUUAAAAAAGACAUUAAUUUUUUAUUAUCAUAUAAAUGUAGACUUGUAAAAAGUCUGCUCAAGGUAAUUGUAUCGGUUCCAUUUCCAUUGGCUAGAUAUGUAUGUGCAUGUAUUUUUUACUUGAUUUCCUUUUUGGAUUAUCAGUCCUUUCUUCCCUACGACGUGGUUCAAGAUAUUAAAUGGUACCUGUCUAUAGCAUCCGUUGACCCCCACAAAAAAGUUAGGAAAAUUGUUGUACUUUGCAGAUCCAGAUGGAUGUAA